UCUUUUUAUAGCCUGAAUAUAAAAUUGCAGAUCCCAUCUGCACCUUCCUGUUUUCUAUAUUUGUCCUGGGAACCACAAUCACCAUCAUGAGGGACAUUAUCAUUGUCUUAAUGGAAGGUACGCCGGCUGGUGUGAACUACAAUGAGGUGAGGGAACAACUGCUCCGAGUAAAGGGUGUCAAAGCUGUGCACAACCUUCACAUCUGGGCCUUGACAAUGAACCAGGCUGUACUUUCUGCUCAUGUGGCUAUAGAUGAUACUGUAGAGCCACAGGCGGUGUUGAGAGAAAUGACCCAGACCUGUUUCACCUCAUACAAUUUCCAUUCAGUAACCAUUCAACUGGAGCAUCAGGCGGACCAAAGGGCUGACUGUAACCUCUGUGAAGACCCCACAAAGUGAAACACCCACAGACUUUUAUAUUAAAGAAUGGCCCUGGUCCAAAGGGACAAAAGAGAAUCAUUCCACAAGUUUUAUUUCACAAUAAGGUGUUUUUGGAUUUCAGACACCUCUGUUCAUGUGUGUUUUUUCACUUAUUUGGAUUUAAAGGGAUGGUCUCCCAAAAAUGAAAAUUCUGCCAACACAUUUCACAUUCACGUCACAUAUUCUUACCUUUAUGAUGUUCCAACACUUUAUUACUUUUAUAAAUUAUUAUUAUUCAUGAAAUGUGUUUGGACCCCAUUGUUCUUCUUUUCUGUUCUGUAGUCAUACAGAACAGCAUGAAGAUGAGAUUAAAUACCAGCAUUUUAUUUUGGGUGAACUAUCCCUUUAAGAAGAAUUUGUUGUGAAUAGAUCUGUCAGAAAAAAAAAUAGAUUGUUGAAAUGUGCCAAAUUUAAUUCACUGAGCUUGGUAAGAAGGUACUUUAGCAAUGAAAAACAAUUCUGAAUAGUCAAUGCAAUAACAUUUUUUGUUCUGUCCAUUUACUUUUUUCAUUCAUAUGUUUAUUUUUUGUCAUCAGCAGACAGGAGAACUGUGCUGGUGUAAUGUACUGUAUUCUUUGAACCAUCCCAUAUUUAAAAGGAUAAUUACCACAAAUCAAAGGCAUGUUCAUCUUAUUGUUGUUCUUAGGUUUCUUUCUUAUUUCUUUAACACUAAGAGAUCUUUUCAUUCAUUUUAUUACUACAGGACUGAUCAAUGAUUUUGUCCCAUUUACAAUGUUAUGUUUUGCAAUUUUAUGGUAACCCUCUACAAUAAGAUUCCAUUAGUUACAAAAGUUACUAACAAUAAGCAGUGUUUAUUAAUAUUUGUUAUAGUUAAAAAUGAAUAUUUGUUAAAAAACACAACUGAUCAUUGUAAGCUCAUGCUAGCACGGGUCUAUUAAAUAGUUGGGUAUUAACGGAUGAAUACGGAAAAAUAUAUAUUCAAAAGUGAAUAUUAAAAUUGAAAAAGUAAAGUAUGUUUGUAUUUGUUGGUAGUGUACAGUUCGGUGGAUUUGCCUUACAGAUUUGCCACCCCAGAUACUUUUACAUAUAAUAAACAGAAAAUUUAAAUCAAAUCUA